AGUGAGAUCCGACGGUCAGCGUCGAGCGACGGGAAUCAAUCUUAGCCAUUGAAUCUCACGGCCAGCCACUAUAAAAGCACAAGCUCGCGGCUCGCUAGGGUUACCCCAUUUGUCAGAGGAGGGAACAGCCGCCAUUGUAGCGUCAGAGAGGAUACUAUUAGGCUGUAAGCAUGUCUCACCGUAAAUUUGAACAUCCAAGGCAUGGUUCCUUAGGAUUCCUUCCAAGGAAGAGGGCCUCUCGCCACCGAGGGAAAGUGAAGGCGUUCCCCAAGGAUGACCUGUCAAAACCAUGCAAAUUAACUGCUUUCAUUGGGUACAAGGCAGGGAUGACCCAUAUUGUGAGAGAAGUUGAAAAACCUGGAUCGAAACUUCACAAGAAGGAGACUUGUGAGGCUGUGACUAUUAUAGAAGCCCCGCCCAUGGUGGUGGUUGGUGUUGUGGGUUACAUCAAGACACCCAAGGGCCUGCGCAGCCUGCACACUGUGUGGGCACAGCAUCUUAGUGAGGAGGUGAGGAGGAGAUUCUACAAAAACUGGGCCAAGUCUAAAAAGAAGGCUUUUACCAAGUACUCCAAGAAGUUCGAGUCUGAUGAGGGGAAGAAGGAUAUUCAAUCCCAAUUGGAGAAGUUGAAGAAAUAUUGCACUGUGAUUCGAGUAUUGGCUCACACCCAGAUUCGGAAAAUGAAGGGACUGAAGCAAAAGAAAGCACAUCUGAUGGAGAUUCAGGUGAAUGGUGGGACUGUUGCCCAGAAGGUGGACUUUGCUUACGGUUUCUUUGAGAAGCAGAUCCCAAUUGAAGCAGUGUUCCAGAAGGAUGAGAUGAUUGACAUCAUUGGGGUGACCAAGGGUAAGGGAUAUGAGGGAGUGGUAACCAGGUGGGGCGUGACCCGUCUCCCUCGCAAGACCCAUCGUGGGCUCCGGAAGGUUGCCUGUAUUGGGGCUUGGCAUCCUGCUAGGGUUUCGUUCACAGUUGCUAGGGCUGGUCAGAAUGGGUACCAUCAUCGUACUGAGAUGAACAAGAAGAUCUAUAAGAUUGGGAAGGCUGGUGAGGAAUCCCAUUCCGCCAUGACUGAGUUUGACAGGACCGAGAAGGAUAUUACCCCAAUGGGAGGAUUCCCGCACUAUGGUGUGGUGAACCAGGACUACCUGCUGAUAAAGGGCUGCUGCGUUGGACCAAAGAAGAGGGUUGUAACCUUGCGGCAGUCUUUGUUGAAGCAGACUUCUCGGGUUGCUCUGGAGGAUAUCAAGCUCAAGUUCAUAGAUACGUCAUCCAAGUUUGGCCAUGGCAGGUUCCAGACCACUCAGGAGAAGGCCAAGUUCUAUGGAAGGCUCAAGGCCUGAUUAGAUUUAGAUAUGAAGAAAGCCCAAAUGAGAGGAGAGAAGCAUCUAUUUAUAGUUUACUAGUACCUUAUGCUACUUUUUAUGACAUUUGACAUGAAAAUUUUGGCAUCUUAGUUUGGUUCGAUCGUGAUGGUUGAACUUUGUAUCAGAGUUUGUCGAAAUUUAUGGGAAUAACUAUGUUUGCCAUGUAUCA